UGAUUGUCUAGCUGUUUCCCUCUCAGUGAUUUCACCUCUGGAUGAAUUGAAAACACCCGCUCAUGCCUGCACUAGUGAGCACAUAUAGUUGCAGUCCAUGGGUCUGGGAUAUACGUACUGUAUGACUUUGCCUUUUUUUUUUACUAAGAUUAUACUGUCAUACUUAACCCACUAAUGUUUUCCCAUGAGUGUAGGUUUUCAUAGGCAGCAAGGGAUUCAUUAAUGCUAUAUGUGAAUGUUAAAAAAGUGAAAGUGAAAACACUGGAUUCAGACAUUCAGACAUUUUGGACAGAGCCAAGAGCAUCAAAAAGGAGCUUCAACAUAAAAACAAACCAGACAGAAAGGAUACCAAGCAGACUCAACAGCAUGGAGCAAAAUAACCCAGGAUUACGUUUACAGAGCGCACAUCUAACAGCUUCCAGCUCUAUGCUAAGAGUGAAGAUGUUUGUCCUAAUGCCAUUUUUAAUUCUUCUCUUGACAUCGGACUAUAGCAAAGGUGAAGUAAAGAUGCUUCCUUUAGUCCACCAGACAUUUAAUUGCAACGAGAGGACUGUCUUACAAUGCAGUGUCAGCUCAUCAAUGCCACUGAAUAAUGUUAAAGUGUUCUGGAAGAAACAAGAGGAGAGAGAUUUCGAAUGUGAUCCAGCAUCCAGAAACAACCCUCCAGGAUUCGAGUGCAACUACACAGAGGAAACACUGACUUUAACCAUCUCAAAUCUCACACCAGCAAACAUGGGCACGUACUUUUGCUGUAUAAGGACAGACUCCGGACAUGCAAAAGAAAAAAUCGACGUGUCUAUAGGACAAUGCCCUGGAGAAUUCUCCAAUCAGAUGGCUGUACCUGGACAAGUGCAGUGUAGCUUCAAUGGUGUGUACCCAAAGGCCAUGAUAAACUGGUAUCAUUAUGACAAGAACCUGACUUCCAACUCUACAACCACCAGCCUGGAGAACUCUGAUGGAACGUUCAACAUCACAAGUGUCCUCAACACCCAGGACAAACAUAAGAGAUAUAACUGCUCACUGUGGUCACUCAAACACGGACGAUACAGUGAUCAAGAGAUUGAAGUGGAAGAUGAAACCAAGUUAGGUCAGGUUAGCGGGAUCAGCACACAACUUUGUUUAUCAUGGGCUCUUAUCUUUCUCAGCCUGAUGUUUUCAUCGAGAGCCUGUUUGGCGUUAUAAUCUUUACAUAACAACUAGGGCUGGGCAAGAUAAUGUGUUAUUAUUGCUUUAAAGUGAUUAAUGCCGAUAACAGUUAUUUUAUUAUUAUGAGAAUCUGCUGCUCAAAGACAAAUCAUGGGUCACAGCAACAGCCUUCACAAACAGAAAAUGAUGCAACGAGCUCAUAAUCACCACUUCAUAAAUAGGAAAUAGGAAGUUUCCGAUAACACAUGAAGACAGCAGAGAA